CCUCUUCAUAUUAUAUUUGACUUUUUGAAAAAUAAAAGAAAUUUAGAAAAAAAAGUUUAUCUCGAAUUUUUUUUUUCAGAAAUUGAUAUAAUUGCAAUCAACUCCCCACUCUUCUUAAAUAUAUAUAUACAGCAUCAGAACAUCAACACAUACACACACACACAUAUACACAAAUAAUCAUAUAAUAUGUCAUUUGCUACCAGAAUGUGGUCUCGCAAGCUUGCCAGUGCUACCACUAGAACAUCAUUGCUUAGACCUCGUAUGCCCUUGAAGGCUUUCCAACCUAUGCGUACUAUGGCCACUGCCACUCAACAAACUGUCGAUGGUUAUACACGCACUACUAUCACUGAAGAAAAAAACGAAAAUGAAUUUGGUGCUGUUGAUGAAGAAGAAAGCAGAAUGCGUAACUUUACUGUCAACUUUGGUCCUCAACAUCCCGCUGCUCACGGUGUACUUCGUCUUAUUCUCGAAAUGAAUGGUGAAGAAAUUGUUCGUGCUGAUCCUCACAUUGGUUUAUUGCACCGUGGUACCGAGAAAUUGAUUGAAUACAAGACUUACUUGCAAGCUUUGCCUUAUUUCGAUCGUCUUGAUUAUGUUUCUAUCAUGACAAAUGAACAAGCCUAUUCUUUGGCUGUUGAAAAGUUACUCAACAUUGAGGUACCUGAACGUGCCAAGUACAUUCGUACUAUGUUUGGUGAAAUCACCCGUGUAUUGAACCACAUCAUGGCUGUCAUGACUCACGCUAUGGAUGUUGGUGCUUUAACUCCUAUGUUGUGGAUGUUUGAAGAACGUGAAAAGUUGAUGGAGUUCUAUGAACGUUGUUCUGGUGCCCGUCUUCACGCUGCCUAUGUUCGUCCCGGUGGUGUUGCUCUUGAUUUGCCCAUUGGUCUCUUGCAAGACAUUCACGACUGGUGUGAACAAUUCGGUGACCGUGUUGACGAAGUUGAAGAAUUGUUGACAGGUAACCGUAUUUGGCACAUUCGUACUCGUAACGUAGGUGUCGUUACUGCUCAAGAAGCUCAAGCUUGGGGUUUCUCUGGUGUCCUUGUCCGUGGUUCCGGUAUCAAAUGGGAUUUGCGUAAGGUUGCUCCCUAUGAUGCUUAUGAUAAAGUAGAAUUUGACGUUCCUGUUGGUCAAAACGGUGAUUGUUAUGACCGUUAUAUUUGCCGUAUGGAAGAAAUGCGUCAAUCACUUCGUAUCAUUGCUCAAUGUGUGAACAAAAUGCCUGAAGGCCCUAUCAAGACAGACGACUGGAAGGUCACUCCUCCUCCCCGUGCUGCCAUGAAGGAAAACAUGGAAGCCUUGAUCCAUCACUUUAAGCUCUACUCUGAAGGUUACUCUGUUCCUCCUGGUGAAACCUACACUGUUGUUGAAGCACCCAAGGGUGAAUUUGGUGUCUUUUUAGUGUCUGAUGGUUCCAACAGACCUUACAGAUGUAAGAUCAGAGCUCCUGGUUUCUCACAUCUUCAGGGUGCCGACUUUAUGUCUCGUAACCACUUGCUUCCUGAUAUGGUCACAAUUAUUGGCACACAAGAUAUCGUUUUCGGUGAAGUUGAUCGCUAGAGAAAAGAAUAAACAAAGUGCAAAAAACAAUAAAGAUGUCUAUAU